GCCGGCUCACCCGGAGGAGCCGGCUCACCGAACCGACCCGUUCGCGAACGACUCAGCUGCGGGUGCGUCCCGUCAACAGGCGGUGCGUCAGACAGGUCCCCCCCCUCCCCCUUCAGCGCGCUCCACUUUUUCCACAAGCAAGGAGCCUCUCCUCAAGCCCCUGCGAGGUCGGCGCGUCUCAUCCAUGCGUCGUGCGUAAAGAGGACACGGAUACCCGGACAUCGGACUCGGUUGGUUAUUAGUUUGUGUUUGUUAUUGAAAAAGAAAAGGAAAUGCCUGUCACAAAGACGAUCAAGCCAGCUGCCGUGGUGCCAAAGACGAAAACGGUCGAGAGGACGAAGGCGAUGAAAUCUAAACCGCUAAUCGAGCCAGAAACUCAACCCAAAGUCCUGACUCCGCGCAGAACCCGAGCCUCCAGCUUCCCCAGGUGUCCCCACGCGGACAGGUGCGCCCGGACGCGCAGCGGUGUCUCCACGACGAGGUGUGAGAGGAGGUCCAGGUCCACUUCCAGACCGACUGGAAGCCGCCCCAAAGCAAACCCAACCUGCCAGAAGACCACCGGCUCCUCAAAAAGUGAAGCGAAAGACUGGCAAGCUGAGAAAUCCCCCUUCACUGCCCAGAGAGGAGAACAGCGCGCCGCUCACCCGAAGGCACAGUGCACAGCCCAGAGUCACAAAGCUUUCACAGUCAUCCCACCGGACCCCAAAAAGAGGAAAGAGAUCCAGAAAAAGGCCGAGGCCGAGCUGGCCGCGCUGGAGGAGCUGAGGCUGAGCAGGGCGAUGGCCUACGUAUCCAUCAACCCCAGCAGUGUGGAUGAUAUCGACUAA